AUGACCUACAUUAACGUGGGUGACAUGGCAAAAGAAGGAGAACUGUAUGAAGGUUUCGAUGAGGAAUAUGAUUGUCCGAUUUUGGAUGAAGACAGGGUAAUUGAUGAACUAGAAGAUAAAAUGAGUGAGGGUGGAGUUAUUGUCGACUAUCACGGCUGUGAUUUUUUCCCCGAACGGUGGUUUCAUAUAGUAUUUGUACUUCGUACGGAAAAUUCAUUUCUGUAUGACAGACUGGAAAGCAGGGGCUACAAAGGGAAAAAGCUGCAAGACAACAUUCAGUGUGAAAUUUUUCAGACACUUUAUGAGGAAGCUGUGUUGUCAUACAGAGAGGAAAUUGUACACCAGUUACCCAGCAACACUCCCGAAGACCUAGAGAGAAAUUUGGAUCAGAUUACGCAAUGGAUUGAGCAAUGGAUGAAGGACAACAAUUGA